GCGGCCUGGCGGUGGGCCGGGUGCUGUGGGGUGGGAGAGGGAGUCUUGCCGCAUACGCCGACUGCGCUCUCCCUGGGGGUCCCAACUCCAGUCUCGAGCCAGCACUUCCAGUCCCCUGCCUCCGGCCGGCGGCCUCCACUCCCUCCUCGGCGUGACGGCCCAGGGGGGCUGGUGUGCGGGUGAGUGGACGCGGCGGCUCCUCCCGGAGGCGCUUUCGGCUGCCCCCACUGCCGGGGUGUGCGGGGCUUCCCCUGUCUUGGGGCUCCCCGUGUUCUGGGGCUCCCCUCCUCCCGGGCGGCCUCCUCCUCAGCCUUUGCACACCGCCCCGGAGUCCCGGCCUGGCCUGGGAGGAAACAUCUGUCGCGCCCCCUGGCAGCAGAAACGGGGUCAUGACCUCCAGAUGUGCUGGGAAGUGUCCAGUGCCUCCCCCUGGGGCGAAAGCCCUUCCGGAUCUGUGGGGGCGGGGCCGACCCCCUCCUCCUCGGUGACACAGGCCUGGAGGAAUGUCCCGGCCUCAAUGGGCCCUGUGUGAAGCUGCGGGGUGGGGGGCAGAGCUCAAGAACACCCCCAAGGCAGGGCCAGAGCCCGGCACGAAGCCAGAGCAAUAAAUAGGCAGCCAGGGGUUGACACACACAGAACUCACUGGUGUAUACAGAGCUCAGCCCACACGGAGCAGGGGCCAGCCAGAGCACCCCCUCGUGCUCCCCAUCGCACACCCAGUACACCCCAGCCCAGGCCCAGCCUACAUGCACAGAGCUUGGCACAUGGAGGGAGCCAGCCUGCAUCCACCACACAUGCUUAACACAUGGCUGGCGUUACUCACUUCACCCUCUUCAAUCUCCCAACAGCCUUAGAGGAAAUAGGAAUCAUCAACCCCAUCUUAGAGAUGAGAAAACCGAGUUUCGGGGUCAGGGUCAGAGCUUGUCUUAGGAGCAGCCAAGGGAGAAAGUUCCCUGAGCUUUGGAGACCUGCCCCUUGCCCCCACCCCUUCUUGGGUCACUGGCUCAGCCCCACACAAUAGCCUGUAUCACAUAAUUGCACCCCCAGUGGAGGGUCUCAUGGCCCUGCCCCAGCUGCCUGCUCCAUCCUGGGUUUGACUGGAGGUGGCUCCCCACAUGUUCUCACACUACCUUUGCACCUGCCUCUGGCCUCACCACAUUUCCGCACUUAGCAGGUCCCUGGUGUCUUGGGUGUCUCAGUCUUACAUCCUGUGAAACCUUGAGCCUCAGCCCAAUCCCCUACCUGCCACACCAACACACACAGGGAUAGGUACAGCACUGUGCAGGCCCUGGGGAUUGAGAGACCCAGGUUCAAAUCCCAGCACUGAUGUGGAAUUGCUUCAGGAAGAGACCCCCUCCCCUGGACCUCAGUUUGAACAUCUGUCAAGGGGUUCAAAUCUCCCCAUCAGCAUCAGUGAGCAAGAUAGAAGUCUCCAUGGUCCCUGUCCUGCAAAGAGGCCCAGCUAGCACAGCCCCCUCCCCUGCCCCUAGAUGUGGCCACAGUGGCCUCCCAGGGGCAGGCUUGAGCCUGUCCUUGAGGCCAGGGUGACUUGGGUUCCAUGACUGAGCUGCUGUGACCCCAGCACCUUCCUCAGGAUGUGGGGCCAGGUCGGGGACUGGGCCCAGAGUUGGGGCCAUUUCCUGCGCUGAAGGAAGUACUUGUCCAUCCCUGCUGGCACCCUCGAGGUACUGAGGUAUUGAGGCCAUGAAGGCCAGAGUAUUGAGACCCUACCUCUAGGUGUCCAGCUCCUCAGGGACCCUGGAGGAAAUGGGAGGGGCAGGGAGGAAAGUCUCUGGGGACAGGACGUCCUCCCUUUGUCAAGCAGGCAGAACCCAGACCCCAGCAGCCCCAUGGGUUUCCCAGCCGAGUCAAAACAGUCCUUUCUCCAGCUCGGUUUUGGUGGGACCUUCAUCCUGGGCCCAGGCCAAAGGCAAGGUGUGUGAGUGUGAACAUGGGACCAUGGCAGCCCAGGGCUCCAGGACUCUCAGGGCCAAGGGCCCAGCAGCGCAGCCCAUGGCGCUGCCAGCGCUCAGCUGGGGGAGGGGGCUGGGAACCUCAGCCCCAGGCAGACAAGGAAGUGGCCAGGAAAGCGGAAGCAGGCUUUGAUGGUCGUGGAGGGGGCCGGAAGUCAACCCGGGUGGUGGAGGACCAGGCUGGGGGCCUGGGUUCCUGUUUUCGCCCCAGGCCCCUGUGAGCAGCCCCCAUCUUCCUCAGGGCAGGAACCGCUGCUACCACCCCGGCCCGCCAGCUGGGCACCAAGCACCCGCACCGCCAAUGCGGCCCGGCCCCCGGAGAGCCAGGCCCGCGGCACGCCCAUGUGGGCCGGCGGCGCGGGGAGCCCUCGUCGGGGCCCAGUCCCGACGCCCACAGAUGACCUCUUCGCCCGCAAGCUGCGCCAGCCAGCCCGGCCCCCACUAACCCCCCACACCUUUGAGCCGAGGCCGGCCCGGGGCCCGCUCCUGCGCAGCGGCAGUGAUGCGGGCGAGGCCCGGCCCUCCACUCCAGCCAGCCCCCGGGCCCGGGCCCACAGCCACGAGGAGGCCAGCCGCCCUGCUGCAGCCCCCACCCGGCUCUUCAUGGACCCACUGGCGCUGCUGGGGUUGCCGGCAGAGAAGCCAGAGGCGGCCUUCCCGUCUGUGCCCGAGCCCCGCUGGUUCGCCCACUACGACGUGCAGAGCCUGCUCUUUGACUGGGCGCCAAGGCUGGGGGGCCACGCAGAGGCUGUCCCUGGUACUCUGGCCCCCAGUGAGAACCAGGCCGCCGGCUCGGACCUGCUGCUUGGAGCGCCUGGCUUCAUAAGCGAGCUCGGGGGUGAGGGCGAGCUAGGCCUGGGAGGACCGGUGUCCCCACCUGUGCUCCCCGCGCUGCCCAACGCUGCGGUCUCUGUGCUGGAGGAGCCACAGAACCGAACCUCGGCCUACAGCCUGGAGCAUGCAGACCUGGGUGCCGGCUACUACCGAAAGUACUUCUAUGGCAAAGAACAUCAGAACUUCUUCGGCCUGGAUGAAGUGCUGGGCCCGGUGGCCGUGAGCCUGCGGCGGGAGGAGAAGGAGGGCAGCGGAGGGGGCACCCUGCACAGCUACCGCAUCAUUGUGCGGACCACGCAGCUCCGGACUCUCCGCGGCACCAUCUCAGAGGAUGCGCUCCCACCGGGGUCCCAGCGGGGCCUGUCCCCAAGGAAGCUGCUGGAGCAUGUGGCGCCGCGGCUGAGUCCGACCUGCCUGCGCCUGGGCUCAGCCUCCCCCAAGGUUCCGCGCACGCUGCUCACGCUGGACGAGCAAGUGCUGAGCUUCCAGCGAAAGGUGGGCAUCCUGUACUGCCGGGCAGGCCAGGGCUCUGAGGAGGAGAUGUACAACAACCAGGACGCGGGGCCAGCCUUCACGCAGUUCAUCAAACUGCUGGGCAACGUUGUGCGGCUCAAAGGCUUUGAGAACUACCGGGCCCAGCUGGACACCAAAACGGACUCCACUGGCACACAUUCCCUCUACACCACGUACCAGGACCAUGAAAUCAUGUUCCACGUGUCCACGAUGCUGCCCUACACCCCCAAUAACCAGCAGCAGCUCUUGAGGAAGCGUCACAUUGGCAACAACAUAGUGACCAUCGUGUUCCAGGAACCAGGCAGCAAGCCCUUCUGCCCCACCACCAUCCGCUCCCACUUCCAGCAUGUCUUCCUGGUGGUUCAGGUGCAUGCACCCUGCACUCUACACACCUCCUACAGGGUGGCCGUGAGCCGCACCCAGGACACCCCAGCCUUUGGGCCAGCUCUACCCCCCGGCGGAGGACCUUUCCAGGCCAACGCCGACUUUCGGGCCUUCUUGCUAGCCAAGGCACUCAAUGGCGAGCAGGCAGCGAGCCAUGCACGCCAGUUUCACGCCAUGGCCACACGCACACGCCAGCAGUACCUGCAGGACCUGGCCACCAACGAGGUGACCACGACGUCGCUGGACUCUGCCUCGCGCUUCGGCCUGCCCUCACUGGGCGGGAGGCGGCGGGCACCCCCUCGAGGCCCUGGCGCAGAGCUGCAGGCUGUGGGUGCGCUGGUGUGGGGCGUGCGCGCGGCACCUGGAGCGCGGGGCGCUGCUGGGGGUGAGGCGAGUGGCCUCGAUGGCUCUGAGGUGCCCUGCCUGCUGGGCAUCUCGGCAGAGGCGCUGGUGCUGGUGGCGCCGCGUGACGGACGUGUAGUCUUCAACUGCGCCUGUCGUGACGUGCUGGCUUGGACCUUUUCCGAGCAGCAACUCGACCUGUACCAUGGUCGCGGGGAGGCCAUCACCCUGCGGCUCGACGGAUCCCCCGGCCAGGCCGUGGGCGAGAUCGUGGCACGCCUGCAGCUGGUGAGCCGUGGCUGUGAGACCCGCGAGCUGGCGCUGCCCCGAGACGGCCAAGGCCGCCUGGGCUUCGAGGCGGACGCCGAGGGCAUCGUCACGCACGUGGAGCGCUUCACAUUUGCCGAGACGGCCGGGCUGCGGCCCAGGGCGCGUCUCCUGCGGGUGUGCGGCCAGACGCUGCCUUGCCUCGGACCCAGCGCCACCGCCCACCUGCUGCGCACGGCGCCCAAGGUCUGCGUCACCGUGCUGCCCCCGGACGACAGCGGCCGGCCGCGCAGGAGCUUUUCGGAGCUGUACACGAUGUCUCUGCAGGAACCCAGUCGGCGGGGCGCCCCCGAGCCAGUGCCUGAGGAGGCCCCCAGGGUGGCCCUGCCGCCAGCCACAAAGCAGCUCCAGCACCUGUGCCUGCCCGAUGGCGCAGGCCCUGCGGGGCCCGGGGACCUGGCUGAGGAGAGGACUGAGUUCUUACGCAGCCAGAACUCGCCAUCGCCCUGCAGCUCGCUGUCAGAUGAGGCCCCUGUUCUGCCCAACACCACCCCGGACCUCCUCCUAGCCACUACAGCCAAGCCAUCAGCACCCAGUGCUGGCCGGGAGACACCCCCCACCCAGGAUGGGCCAGCUGGUCCCAGUGGCUGUGAGGACAGGGGUGACCCGGCCCCAGAGCUGAGGGCCUCCUUCCUGCCACGAACCUUGUCUCUGCGGAACUCCAUCAGCAAGAUCAUGUCGGAGGCAGGCAGCGAGACCCUGGAGGACGAGUGGCAGUCCAUCUCGGAGAUCGCCACCACGUGCAACACCAUCCUGGAGUCGCUGUCUCGGGAGGGACACCCUGUCCCAGAGAGCGGAGACCCCAAGGGAACCUCAAAACCUGAUGCUGAGCCAGAGCCAGGGAGCCUGUCAGAGAAGGUCUCUCACCUGGAGUCCAUGCUCAGGAAGCUGCAGGAGGACCUGCAGAAGGAGAAGGCUGACAAGGCAGCCCUGGAGGAGGAGGUGCGGAGCCUGCGGCACAACAACCGGCGGCUGCAGGCCGAGUCGGAGAGCGCAGCCACCCGCCUGCUCAUGGCCUCCAAGCAGCUGGGCGCACCCGCCACCGACCUGACCUGACGUGGGUCCAGCUCAGAGCUGUCCAGGCCCUGGCAGGCACCUGGGCCACACCGGGCCCUCGGCCCUCCUCAGGAACUUUCUCCCUGUGCGGAGGAUGUGUUUAGCACUGCCCCCACUCCCUGGUCCGUUAUCUGGUGGCAAAUUUGCCCCCAUCCUGCCCCUGUUUGUAAAUACUCUUCAAAGACAAGGGGACUUAGGGAGUAAAGUAGCCACUGCCA